AUGUCGUACCGGGUCAUCCAGAAUUUGCAAGCCGUAAACAAAAUAACAGAGGACCUCUACCAAGACCUGGGCUCCAACAUGACCAUCGGGGCUGUGAAUGAAAACGGCAGCUUCAGAGGCGUGUACAAAACAGCCGUGAGUGGCAGCAGCAUCAAGGUCCCGCCGUCACCGCUGCUGGGGUACCAGCACAUCAUCCAGGAGAUGAGCCAGCCUACCUUUGGCUUCACGGUCCAUUGGAAGACUACAGAAUCCAUCACUGUCUUCACGGGCCAGUGCUUCGUGGACAAGGAGGGAAAGGAGGUUCUGAAGACCAUGUGGCUCCUGCGGUCACAUGUGGACAGCAUCCAGGAUGACUGGAAAGCUACCUUGGUCGGCACCAACAUCUUCACCCGCAUGUCCCCGCAGAAGAAGUGCCUGUGGCAGUGUGGGCGCUCCUGGGAUGGUGACAGCACCGGCUCUGCGGCGCCCUGCUCCUGCCCCACCGCCUGA